CAAAAAAUAAAAGUAACACACUUUAAAAACUUCUGAAAAUACUCUUGUGGUACAAGUGAAUCUUCAACUUACGGAUCACUAUAUUUUUCCAAAGAAUGAAACCUUGAUGAAACAUAUAUUCCUAAUCAAGUGAUACGAGAUACCGAAUGGAAGAAGUAGUUUAAAACUAAAAUGGCAGGAUUUGUUAUAUAUGUGGUCACCGUUUGUACCUUCAUAAUUCCAUAUAACUGUCACGAUAUGAAAGCAGACGGAGACCCACCAGAAAAAAUACCCAGGAUAGAGAUAUACGCAGUUAAAGGACGAAGAGCAGACUUGCCAUGUAACAUCACCCCAGAACAUUCGGAUGACGUAAUUUCGCUCGUUCUCUGGUACAACAACAAAUCUCCUUCACCACUCUAUAGCCUCGACUCCAGACGCGGAAACUUCAAACAAGCGAGACACUGGAGAAGUGACCAAUUAGCAUCACGGGCGAAUUUUCGUAUCCAAUCAGAACCUGCAUAUCUUCAACUUGAUCACGUGACUUCAGAAGACGAAAGUGUCUUUACAUGUCGGGUAGACUUUGAGAAGGCCAGAACUCGAUAUCAAGAAAUAGGGCUCAAUUUAAUAGUUCCUCCAAGAAAACCGAUAAUUAAAGAUCAUACGGGACAAGUUCAACAGAGUUUAAUCGGGCCUUACAACGAAGGAGAUCCGCUUCGUUUAGAAUGUGAAGUAACUGGAGGAAAUCCACGACCAAAUGUAACUUGGUGGAGGGAAUCUGUGCUAUUAGAUGAUACGUUUGAAGUUACAGCUGACUUCAUAGUUCGAAAUAUGUUAAGAAUCCCGUCACUACAGCGUCAUGAUUUAAUGGCAGCCUUUACGUGCGAGGCUUCAAACAAUGGCUUCACUCUGCCUUCUUCUACUUCAGUUACAGUAAACAUGAAUUUUAGGCCUCUUGAUGUAACUCUCCAAGGAGAUAAACACUCCCUUUCUGCUGGAACAUUUACCCAAAUAGAAUGUUAUUCUGUUGGUUCGAGACCUCCAGCAGUUAUAUCCUGGUGUAAAGGAAGUGUUCCAAUGAAAUCUGCCAAGUCUGUUGUGUCUGUGAACGGAAACGCCACAACAAGUAUCUUGUCAUUUAAACCGACAAUUGAGGACAAUGGGUUAUAUCUGUCUUGUACUGCAGAAAAUCCUUUGAUCCAGGGCAGUAAGGUUGAGUCCGGGUGGACAUUGAACAUUCAUUAUCCACCAAAGCUUUCCCUUCGCCUCGGUAGUAAAUUACGCCACAGCCAUAUUCAAGAAGGAAACGACGUAUAUUUUGAGUGCAGCGUGAAAGCAAAUCCAAUGGUGAAAGAUAUCACCUGGAAGUUUGAGGGACGAGAGGUGCAAAUCAACACAACAGCUGGUAUCAUAAUCAGUAAUCAAACACUGGUUCUUCAACACGUAAAACGAACGGGUAAAGGGCGCUAUACUUGUUCAGCAGCCAACAGUGAGGGUCGUGGGGCGAGCAAUACUGUCUUCCUAAGGGUACAGCAUACCCCUGCCUGUAAGCCAGGUCAAAAGACUAUUUACGCAACUGCAGUGAAUGAGCCCGUUUUUGUUACCUGUGAAGUUGAAAGUGACCCCGAAGAUGUUGUAUUUAAGUGGAGAUUUAACAAUUCACAUGAUACACGUGACAUCAGUAGCCUUAGUUCUCACAAAACAAUGAGCACUGUAAGGUACGUCCCGAAAUCAAAAUACGAGUAUGGAAGCCUGUCCUGUUAUUCAACUAAUAGUGUCGGGAAUCAAGAUGUUCCUUGCGUCUAUUCCAUCAUUGCUGCAGGUCCUCCUGAACCAAUUCAAAACUGUUUUCUGACCAACCAAACUCAAAAUGGCAUCGCAGUAGAUUGCACAGAAGGAUACGACGGAAGCUUUACACAGGAACUUUUCGUAGAAGUUUACGAUAUCACGACUGGCAGUGUUGUGACAAAUUUUUCCACGACUUCGCCGUCUUUCUUUAUGAGAGGCCUACCAGCUGGCUCGAAUUUUGAGCUUAAGCUUUACGCUGUUAGCCACCAGGGUAAAAGCGAGCCAUUACUUCUGGAAGGAAAAACACUGCAGACACCCGAAACCCAGUCUCGUCGAGGAACCGAAUGGAAAUUCCCUGUUAAUCCCAUCUUAAUUGCCCUGUUAUCAAUUGUCGGGGUUUUUGUCUUAAUUGCUCUUUGUGCAGUUAUUAUUCUGAAAACAAGACAAAUACGAACACGUGGAGAAAAACGCAAGCCUGAGGGAAAAGUUCCCGAAUAUACUAGUCAUCCAGAUAAAGAAAUAAUAUCUACCGAGGAUCUUUCUAAGGAAAUAUAUGAAGAAAAGUGUCCUGAUGUAAUACCAGCAGACUCCAAAUACCUGGAAAUUCCUGUAUGUAAAAUUGUUAAUCAAGGAGAAGGCCAAAGCCAGAAGGAAAGCUUUUCGGCUGCAGGAUCAUCAUAUGAAGAUUCUGACAGUAAUUUUGAAUUACACCAAAUGCAACCUAUUGAAGAUGAAAAUCAUCAGGUGCCAUGGAAAGACCAGAUCUUGCUAGACGAGGGAAUUUCCUCGGACCACCACAGAGGUAAAUAUAUUGACCUUCAAACUGGCUACAGAAAAGAUGUGGCAGAGGCUUUGCUUACAGUACAGGAAAGAAACUACAAACAAACAGAUGUCUGAGACAAUCCUAGUAGGUAACAUGAUUCAGCGUGCCUUGCUUUCACUGUUUCGUGCAAAUGAUUGUUCUCUGUUUAUUGCUACAUUAGUCACCCAAUAAUUGCAUUAAAAAGUUAUUCAGAUUUCAUUAAAGUGACGCCUGUUUUAAAAAAAAAAUGUAGCUAGAGACUGAACUAGAGAAUGAAAUAUCAUCACUCUGCGAGGUCAUAAUUAUGAAAGCCUUGCAGUUUUUAGACGUCAGAGUGUGAAAAGGCCUCACAUUUUCAUGUGAGUUACCUCUUGCCUCUCAGUGUGCUAAAUGUAAAACUAGAUAAUAUUGUAAAGGGUUAUUAUGAAACGUAAAACUAUGUCGACAAUCGCAUAUAUAUGAAUUGCUCUGAUACUGUAAAUGAUCCAGUACUUCGCUUGACGUUUUGUGUUUUGAUAUACGAAUGGAAAACAUUGAUAGCUAGUUAGUGACAAAUGAUUUCCUUUGUUAACUUUGUUUAAGAUAAACUGUGAAA